AUGGCGCAAGCUAAUGCGAUUGCAUUCAACAUUGGCGCAUUCAUCUCAACACUCUUCCUUCUCGAAUUCGGAGCCGACAAGUUCAUCGCCCAUGCCGCCGCCAUCGCAAGCCGCAUCGGCGUCUCUCAAGUGACGAUUGGACUCGUCACCGCGGGCGCAGAAUGGGAAGAACUUGCGGUUGUUGUCGCGUCUCUGGCGCAGGGCCGCCCGUCCCUGGCCAUUGGCAACGUCGUUGGCUCGGCCAUCUCCAACAUCCUGGGCGCCUUCUCGCUCGGCCUGCUGUGCUAUGAGGGCGGGAGCGCAGUCGAGUUUGAUAGGAGCGCUCGGAUCUAUGCCCUGUUGACGAUUGUGCUGACGACGCUGGUGGUUCCGGUUAUUUGCUUCCCGACGAGAAGUGUUUGGCUGGUUUGCGGGCCGCUGCUGGUGGCUGUGUUUGGCGUUUAUUUCUUGCUUGUGGCCGUGGCGAUUGGGCGAGGCGUCCUUGUCGCACCGGAGGACUCGGACAGCGACGGCGAUGAUGACGAUGAGAUCGAUGCAGGCUCUGUGGGGAGCGCGACUGGUCUGCUCUCUGAUGGCUCUAAUCCGAACGUGAGACGGCGCCGACGACUCAGCCAUCACGGAUUCUACCUCUUGUUUGGAUUUCUCGCCAUAUGUCUCGCCAGCUAUGUGCUCUCCCAAGCGGCAAUCAACAUCGUCGACCAGCUCGGCAUGUCCGACGUGCUCUUCAGCGUCAUCAUCCUCGCCAUCGCCACGACGCUCCCGGAAAAGUUCAUAGCCGUGAUGAGCGGCUACCGCGGCCAUGCUGGGAUCCUCGUCGCCAACUGCGCCGGCAGUAAUAUUUUCCUCUUGUCACUGUGCUGCGGCAUCAUCAUGACAGACACGGGGGGUGAUUUGAAGGGGGAGAAUGUGAAAAUGUCGGAAUUGGCCGUGUUGUGGGUUUCAACGGCUGCGUUUGCGGCGACGGUGUGGUUUGGUGGGAGGGUUGCGCGGUGGAUUGGCGGAUUGAUGGGUGUUGGUUAUGUUGCGUUUAUUGUAUUGGAGUUUGCUGUGAUUCAUAGAGUCGUGGAUUGACGUGCCAUUCUCGGAUCUGGAAUUGAAUACUAAUAAAACUGGUAUUUUCAGU